UCUUGUGAAAAGGCUUGGUGAAAGAAUUAAUAAGAUAUAUGAUAAACUUCCAGUUAGAACAAUGUUUAUGGUUACUAGCGGUGGAGGUGAUUCUAAGGAGUGGUUAACGUUUAAAGGCAAAAAACAAGAACAAUUUAAUGAUUGGACCGAACAUGAUGAACAAGAACUUCAAAAUGCUUAUCUUAAGGCUAAAAUUGG